GGGUGGAGCCCGAGGAGUAAGGCAGCUAAACGGAAGAAGAGACCGCGGCUCGGGAGAUGGAACCCGCGCAGGCGUGGGCGUUAGCCGGCUCGCCGGGUGCGCGGGGGCCUGAGGAACCUGGCAACCUCCCCUGGUUUCAUGAUCAGGUGGUACCAGCAGGAAGUUGUUCUUCCAGAGUCAUAGUACACUUGGAUCUGGAUUGCUUUUAUGCACAAGUAGAAAUGAUCUCAAACCCGGAACUAAAGGGCAAACCUUUAGGGGUUCAGCAGAAAUCUUUGGUGGUUACCUGCAACUAUGAAGCUAGGGAACUUGGAGUAAAGAAACUUAUGAAUGUUAGAGAUGCAAAAGAAAAGUGUCCACAGCUGGUGUUGGUGAAUGGAGAAGACUUGACUCGAUACAGAGAGAUGUCAUACAGGGUUACAGACUUGUUGGAAGAAUUUAGUCCAGUUGUUGAGAGGCUUGGAUUUGAUGAAAAUUUUGUGGAUAUAACAGACAUGGUGGAGAAGCGACUACAGCAGCUUCAAAGCGAUGAACUUGCAGUGCUGACCGUGUCGGGUCACGUGUACAACGAGCAGCCUGUAAACCUGCACGACGUCUUGCACAGGAGACUGCUUAUUGGGUCUCAGAUGGCAGCCGAGAUGCGGGAAGCCAUGUGUGACCGGCUGGGUCUCACUGGCUGUGCUGGAGUGGCUUCCAAUAAGUUACUGGCAAAAUUAGUUUCUGGCGUCUUCAAACCAAAUCAACAAACAGUCUUAUUGCCUGAAAGUUCUCAGCACCUCAUUCAUAGUCUGAAACACAUAAAAGAAAUGCCUGGUAUUGGCUAUAAAACUGCCAAACGCCUUGAAGCACUGGGUAUCAGCAGUGUGCAUGAUCUCCAAACCUUUUCACCCAAAAUACUAGAAAAGGAAUUAGGAAUUGCAGUUGCUCAGCGUAUCCAGAAGCUCAGUUUUGGAGAGGAUAACUCUCCUGUAACACCAUCAGGACUACCUCAGUCCUUUAGUGAAGAAGAUUCAUUUAAAAAAUGUGCAUCGGAAGUCGAAGCUAAAAGUAAGAUUGAAGAACUACUUGCUAGUCUUUUGAACAGAGUAUGCCAAGAUGGAAGGAAGCCACAUACAGUGAGAUUAACAAUCCGCCGGUACUCACCUGAGAAGCACUGUAGCCGCGAGAGCCGCCAAUGCCCCAUUCCAUCCCACGUAAUUCAGAAGUUAGGGGCAGGAAAUUAUGAUGCGAUAACCCCAAUGGUUGAUGUACUCAUGAAACUUUUUCGAAACAUGGUGAAUGUGAAGAUGCCAUUUCAUCUAACCCUUUUAAGUGUGUGCUUCUGCAACCUUAAAGCAGUAAAGACUGCUAAGAAAGGGACUAUCGAUUAUUACUUAACACCAUCAUCAUCAACAACGUCACACCUUGGCAAGCGCAGUUUUAAAAUGAAAGAUACUCAUAUGGAGGAUUUUUCCAAACACAAAGAAACAAAUUGGAAUUUUCUGCCAACUGGAAGAAUUGAAAGUACAAAAACUGGAAAGUCUCCACUAGAUACUGUAAAUUUUUCCAAAGAAGACAGCGAUGAAUUCCCACUCUCUUCACUUCCUGAGGGUAUUGACCAAGAAGUUUUUAAGCAGCUUCCAGUAGAUAUUCAAGAAGAAAUCCUUUCUGGAAAAUCUAGAGAAAAGGUCCAAGGGAAAGGAAGUUUGAGUUCUCCAUUACGUGCCUCUAGAGGGAUAUUAUCUUUCUUUUCUACAAAACCAAUGCAAGAAAGUCCAUUAAAUCCUAGAGAUCAUUUAUCUACUAGCAAACAGACACUCUCUGUAUCUCCCUGUGAACCAGGAACCUCAGGCUUAAAUAGCAGUAGUUCCUCUUACCCGUCUAGCCCAAAGGAUUAUUCACAUUCUCUGGACAGUAGAUUAAAAGUUGAAGGAGUGAGGCAAGGACCUAAAGAAUCUCAAGGAUUCCACUUUCCAACUACAAACCCCACUUCAUCUAUUUUCCAUUCAUUUCCAAAUUUACAGUGUGAGCAACUUCUCUGCAAAAACCUCUCUGCAGAUUGCCAUAAGCCACUGACAGCAACAGCGCCUCAUCGUGAAGGACUUGCAGAAAGUAGAGAGCAAGGUUCUUCCGCUGAGAAAGUUACUUUCCCUUCUGAUGUUGACCCUGAAGUUUUCUAUGAACUGCCAGAAGAGGUACAGAAGGAGCUGUUGGCUGACUGGAAGAGCAGAGGGUCGGAGUUCCACAAUGUACACACAUAGGCAUGCUGAGGAAAAAAGGUCUAAAAAGCAAGGGAAGGACGUUACACUCAUCUAAAUUAAACACUAAUAGAUACUCAGUUAUGGAGCAAUCCAAUAUAAAAUGUUCCAAAUAAAGUAAGAAUGCCUACGGGGAGUAAAUUCUGGCACAAAGUAUAAAAAUUUAUAACAGAAGAAGUAAUGUGUAACAUUACCUUCCUCUUAUUUUUAAAACUAUUUUAUAUUGCUUUUCAAUAAAAAAUACUUUGGUAAGCAUUAGUACAUUUCUCAUAGAUUGAGGGGAAAGGUAUAUAUGCCUGCAUAUAAGAAAUAGACUGGCCAAAUCAUUGCUAUGCUAUAGUAAAGAACUUUUUUUUUCCUAUGAAAAUUGAGCCCAUUAAGAAAUAGCCAAAUAGUCCUGGCUGGUUUGACUCAUUGGACUGAGUGCCAACCCGAGAAUCAAAAGGUUGCAGGUUCGAUUCCCAGUCAGGGCGCAUGCCUGGGUUGCCGUCCAGGUCCCAGUAGGAGGUAUGUGAGAGGCAACCAAUGAAUGAUGAAUGUUUCUCUUGCAGAUCCAUGUUUCUCUCCCCUUUCUCUCUCCCCACUCUCUAAAAAUAAAUAAAAUUUUUUUAAAAAAAGAAACAGCCAGAUAAGUUCUAUAGCCAACUUACCGAUUAAAAAUGUAGACAGCUUUGAAGUACUGUGUACCAUUAAGUUAAUUAAAAAAAAUACCAAAGUGAUGCAUAUUCAAUUAAUGCCUCUUAUUACACCUAGAGCCUACCAUCCUGCCUGGCACACAGAGGGCACUCAGUAACUACUGAGCAAAUGAGUUGCAUGGCAGGGAGUGUAUUAACAUGGUGAAUGAGAAGGAACCUUCCCUGCAGGUAGGUUCAGGGGAGGAUGGACACCCCAGGUGCAAGGUGGCAGAUCCAGAAGGGUUCUAGAUAGUGGAAGAAGUCUGUUUCCUUCUGGCCAGUCUAUGGGGUCUAAACGCAGUGGAUUACAUGUUUUUGCAUCUCCCCAGAUUUUGGAGGUGAAAUUCAGAAUGUCACACAAAGUUACUAAAUUGAUGGAUGUCCUUUUUCUCCCAUCGUUACAGCCUUCACCUUUUGCCUGCCAGAUCAAAAAUUAGAUAUAAGACUGUGGACAUCUUAUAAUUUGUAAGACAUAAAGAAUGUUUCUAGAACAUACCCAAUUAUUACUUAGCACUGUUUGGAGGAGUCCUAUUUAUAACAUUUGCAUGUAUAAUUUAAAGACAAAAAUAACGUACACAAAUGUGAAUAAAGUAUAGCCUAAAAGUACUUCCUUCUAGGUAGGUAAGGAGUUUCAACUUCAUUUCAGGUUUUUUGAAAUUUGAAAAUCCCCUAACCACCAAGGAUUGUUAACAGGGAGUUGGAGCUCAUCAGAAACACUAACUUGCAGCAGGAACAUCAGAAGUUGCUCACCAUGCAGAUACUCUGUGCUGUGGGUCAAGGGCUAGAGAAUUUUGUAUGUAGUGUUCUGAUGAGGCAGUUAAACUCAGAACAAGAGUUUACCACUUUUUUAGAUAAUUCAGUUUUAAAACAUAUCCAAUAAUCCUUAUAAUUAUUUCAGCCAGAAAUCAGCAUAUGACUAUUUAUCAUUUAUCUAUCUUAUCUGCUUUUAAUAAAAUGACCUUUCUUUCUUUGGCAUUGUACAAAUUUAUAAUGUUGGGAAGUGUGAAUUUAUUUUUAUUCUUGAUACAUGCUGGCAUCCUGUAUCUUUCAAUUCUUGUUAGUUCUAUUAAAGUCUUAGCCACUAGCCCUUCAAGUAUUGCUUCAGUGUCUAGGACGUGGGACUGCAGAAAUGAUGGGCCUUUCUUAUUCUGUUCUUCAUGUCCCUUAAUCCCUGCUACAUUUCAUUACCUUGUUUAUCUGCUACAUUUUGGCUAAUUUCAUCAGCUCUGUUUACCGAUUUGUUUUUCAUUAAUAUCUGAUCUACUAUUUAAAACAUUAAUGAUGACUUUAAUUUUAGUUAAGUAUAUUUUUCAUUUGAUUCUUUUUCUAAUAUUCCUUGUAAAAAUUCAUAUUUUAUGUUCUUUGUCUGAUUAUUUCAGUACCAACUUAAGUUUUUGUAAGUUUAAGUUUUCUGAUAAUGACGUGUAUCAUUUUAACUUGUUUGAAUGUGUGGCUCAACUUAACUGUGGGAAGACAAAGGACCUAGACUGUGGACGCUUCCCUCCAAGAUGAUUUGCAUUUGCUCCCAGGGAGGCGCAGUGCCAGUCCACUGGCGCCACUUCAGCCCCUUCUUGGUCCAGUCUUGCUGUCUGCAGUGGUCUUCGUUUGAGCUGCCCGACCUUGCCACUGUCCUAAGGUUUUUUCUCCAGAGGUCAAUUGCAGGCCAUUUGCCUUUAGGGUAAACUCUACCUUCCAAGCAGUUUGCCUGAUGCUUCCUGCUCUUUUCCUGCUUUUGUUUCAGCUUUUUUUCCCUUCCCUGUGUGAGGGUAAAGGGAUGGGGCUUAGGAAUUUCUAUUACAAAGCACAACCAGCAAUGAAUUACAAAGUGUUUCAUCCUGUAGAGACUCUUACACAUAUCUGCCCCCCCCCCCAUAGUGCGGGAGAACAAGUCUACUUGGAGAUAUUUUUUCCGUCUUAUUUGCUACCUAUUUUUGCCUUGUUCUAUGCUAUGCUUUUCCCACCCUUAUCCACUUUCUGUCUUCUUUUUGGAUUGGCUGAGCUUUCUAUUUAAUAUAUUUCCACCUACCAACUUGAAAUUUAAACGUUCUAAGUAUUGUACUUUUGAUUCCCUUUAAAAAUUUAACAUGCUUAACCUCUAAAAAUGGUAUCUUUACCCUCUUUGCAAACACAAGGAUGUUAAAAUAUAUUAAUUCUAGUCAAAUUCCUCUAGUUCUUAGUUUGAUCUACAAAUUGGAUAUUUGUUUACAUACUCUAGGUUUGCCCACUUAUUUUGGGGGCUCACCUUUUUUCUUGCAUUUCAGACGUCCCUUCAAACUAGAAUUGUUCUUGCUUUCUGAAAUUAAUGUCUUUAGCACUGUGUAUUUAGAAUUGAUUUCUCUUGGACUGUUUUAAGACACUUUUGUCUUUGAAGAUAUGCAGUAUUUGUAUCUAGCUACAAGGCUUAUUUUUAUCAUGUUUUAAAACAUAUAGCUCACUGAUGCUCUGCUCAUUUUUUUAUUCCUUUCUAUUUCCCUUUAGUUUUUAUUGCUUUGUCUUCAAGUUUACUAAUUAGUCUCCCAUAAUAUUUCAUCUGUUAUUUCUAUUUAGUGUAGUUUUCCUGUCAGGCAUUUUACUUUUCUGGAUACCUGAUUGUGUUGUUUUUGUAUAUUUUGUGUCUCAAUAUGUUCAAUUUUUCUCUAUCCUCUUGCACAUAUGAAAUAUUAAUCAUACAAAUUGUUUUUAAAGUAUUUCUGUAGCUCAUUUCUGCAUGUACUUCUAUUGAUUUGUUUUUCUCUUUAUUAUAGGUCAUAUUUUUCUGCUCUGAAUGCUUGGUAAUUUUUUAAAUUGUAUGGUGGACAUUGUGAAUUUUGCCUUGUUGGAUAAUGGUUGUUUUUGUUUUUUAAUAAAUAUUAUGAGUUGUUCUUGGUAGCUUUAAAAAGUUCCUUUAUUGCAUAUAACCAAAGCAGCAUUUAUUCUAGGAACAAUAUCACCUUAUUACUAAGGCAAAAUCCUUCUGAAGACCUCUGUGCCCUGUGACUCAGGAGGUCUUUUUCUCUUGUCAUAACGUGAAAUAUUUCUGGUCCUCUGUGGGCUCAGGAGAUUUUUCCCUUUGCACCUGUCAGGUGGUUCCUCCCCAUAGUUGUGUAAUUUCUUAUACUGACCAGUACAAGACUCUCUCUUCUCCAGCACUGUGCGCUGUGAACUCCAGCCCCUUUCGUGUCUCCAGACUCCCGGCUCUGCUCCAUGCACAGACCGCUAGGUUCUCUCUGGCUCUCCUGUCCCAGUACUGCACCCUGGAAGCUUUAGAUAAGUGAGCUGGGGCAAUGUUAGGGCCUCAUUUGUAGAUUUUUAAGAGUAAUUUCUUCUCUAAAUGUUUCUUUCUGUAGCAUCCUAUUCUUGUUCAUUGGACACAAUAUUUUCUCAUCUCUCUCAAGAUGUAGUGAUAGAACUUCCAAAGAUUUCCUUGUACUUGAAUUUGCUUUUUGUUUAAGAGUGUGGGACUAAAAAUCUGAUCGUUUCUCUGGGCAACCUAUUCAUGCUGGCCUUUUUACUCACAUGUCCUGUGAUUUUGGAGUGUGGGCUCCCAUUUGCUGGGCUUUGUUUGUGGGGUCCUGUAAGGUCUGGGUACCACAUGUCCCUCCCCAGAAUAUUUGCACUGGCUUCUGCCAGCACUUUAGGGAACCACGUCUGGGACCAUUGCAAUUUUUCAUUUUGAACAUUAAACCCUAGAUUUGGGCAGACUGUGGGCAUGAAAUUCCCAGAGGGUACUCCUCUCCCCUCGUCCCACCCCAUUAGUUUUGUCUUUCGUUUUGUAGUUGGAUUAUGUCCAAGUAGUUCCCCACUUUACUGAGAGAAUAGUCCUGCAGGGUUCUUGGUCAGUCUCAUUCCCGUUACCUUCUGUGAGCCCGAGGUGUUGUCUUCCAUCUACAGACUUAGAUUUCACUAUUUUGUCUUCUUACCACAUUCCUCUCUCUCGUGACGAUGCAUACCAUCACCACUUGUAAGCAAAUUACUCAGCUGUGUGAAAUUCACUUUCAUCCUGUUGCCUCACAGUGUCACUGAUGCUGUUUUUCCCUGUAAUCUCCACAUACAACCGUGUCCUCCUGUGAAGCUGAUUCGUGUUAAUGAUGACUUUUGGUUUAUGAAGAGAGUCCUGUUUUUGAUAAAUAGAGGUGAGGCUCUCCUAAUUUGCCAAUACUUUGGGUAUCCUUCCUUUCUUCAAUUGUAUUUACUACAUAUCAGAUAGACCAGAGAUUUAAGGUAUCACUAAUAAAGUAUUUUUAAAAUGUGUUAAAAUCCUUUGAGAAAACUAAACUUUCAGAUGCUCUCUUGGCUGGUAAAAUGAAACUUCUAUAGAUAUUUUAAGCAUAACAAUUUUAACUUAGUGAAUUAAAUGCUUACAA